ACAGCUGAAAUGAACAGUGAGUGGUGUAGUGUGUGUAUGCCUCUGGAUCUAAUAUCACCUACCUGUCCUUGUCACUCUGAUAGUCAGGCGAGGUAGCCGCUGUUUUUCACCGAUGCUAUGGCAAAACUCAAUGGCCUAUUUUAAAGCAUUUUCCAGUUUAAACACAAAGAGGGCUUUAUCUCAACCGCAAGAGGAACCGCGAGGUUGUGGGUUUUUUGGAGAGCUGAACACAUUCCGCUGUCGGACUUUCCGCCUAUCCUUCCUGUACUAAAGGUUGUGCGAUCUUUUACCGAUGAACUCUAUGAGGGAUCCAUUAAACAUAGACCAUCACCACCUAACAGGGAAUAAACUUGCCUCCACACACCACACGGCUCUGGCGAUGGCCUCUAGUUUACAGCCGCUGCAGCGGUCUGUGGACUCUAAACACCGGUUAGAGGUGCACACUGUGUCGGACACAUCAAGUCCGGAGUCUGUCGAAAAGGAAAAGAUACAAAAUAAAAAUGAGGACUCCUCUGAUGACCCUUCCAAAAAGAAGCGACAGCGGCGGCAGAGGACUCACUUCACCAGCCAGCAGCUGCAGGAACUGGAGGCCACUUUCCAGCGGAAUCGCUAUCCGGACAUGAGCACAAGGGAGGAGAUAGCCGUGUGGACCAACCUCACAGAGGCCCGAGUCAGGGUGUGGUUCAAGAAUCGGCGAGCCAAGUGGAGGAAGCGGGAAAGAAACCAGCAAGCAGAGCUUUGCAAAAACGGCUUCGGCCCGCAGUUCAAUGGACUCAUGCAGCCCUACGACGACAUGUACCCUAGCUACACAUAUAACAACUGGGCUGCCAAGGGCCUCACAUCCGCCUCUUUAUCUACAAAAAGCUUCCCCUUCUUCAACUCCAUGAAUGUCAACCCCUUGUCCUCGCAGACCAUGUUCUCACCGCCCAACUCCAUAUCCUCCAUGACUUCAAGCAUGGUGCCAUCGGCGGUCACCGGCGUGCCGGGCUCCAGCCUCAACAGCCUCAAUAACUUGAACAACCUCAGUAACCCGUCUCUCAACUCGGGGGUGCCCACGCCGGCGUGUCCCUACGCCCCUCCGACCCCUCCUUAUGUGUACAGGGACACUUGUAACUCCAGCCUGGCCAGCCUGAGACUGAAAGCCAAGCAGCACUCGAGUUUUGGAUACGCCAGUGUGCAGAAUCCGGCCACUAAUCUGAGCGCUUGCCAAUAUGCCGUGGACAGGCCAGUCUAAUACCUACCUGCACUGCAAAAAAUAACCACCUUAGCAAGAUAUAAGAGGCUAGUAGUGACGCUUAAUGUUAUACUUUUCCCCGAAGACAGCGAGCAUCUCUGGUGGUGAGAUCGUUUUUUAACUUUUUCGCGUGUUUCAAGAUUUUUUUUUUUUUUUUUUGGGCAAUUUUUGCCUGUUGGAAUGUUAUUUACAGUAUUUUGACUUUUUUCUGUGAUAUUCUGCCACUUGUUCCGUUAAAAAUCUAAAAUAUACUAGGAAACGUGUGGGUUUAUCCCAUUGCAUCCCAUUAUUUUUGUUAUUUUUUUUUUUAAUGGGCAAAUGUGAUUGGUUGGCGAUUACAAUCCCAAAUAGCUUGCUAUAGUGGUCAUUUUUUGCAGUGUGUGGGUAAUCACAAACAGCCGGCCACAGGAACAAGAGACUACUACAACUACUUUUUCAUUUUCAAAAAGGGCACUAGAAGACUGAACCACUGAAACAAGCUCAGCUCCGGGUCGGAGUCAAACUGAAAUGGGAGUUCUGGUUUAUUCUCCUUUCGAUGAGUUCAGGCCUGCUUCACACUGCGCCUCAGUGAAAAAAAAAAAAAGAAAGAAAAAAAAGGGGGGGGGGAAAUGGCCUGUUUUAUUUUUCCUAACUCGUCAUAAGGGUUUUCUGGUGGAUUUUUGGACGGUACCAGUUGUCUGAAAAGGUUGUAUAUAUAUUUGAAUUAUCAUCUCCUGUUUGUCGAGGCGAACGCGCUAUAACCCCAUGUCCUCUCCAGGUUCAAUUUAUCAACGCAUGUGGAAAAAAAAAAAAAAAUCUCUAAAAAGGAAACAUGUUUUGCUUGCAAACAAAAGGGAAUGUACAUACUAAAACGCACCAGUUGUGUGUUUCUAACAUAUUAUAAAUUUAUUAUUAAUGUCUGUGUGAAUAUCGAUUUAGAAUAGCAAUUCUGGAUUUAACAAAAAAGACGCAUCAAAAAUGUUCCUGCGACAAAUUAUUUGGAUUUUUGCUCUGUGUAUACUAUUUGGUACGGAACUAUGUUUUUUUGUUUUUGUUUUUUGUUUGUUUUUUUUUUCCAACAUCCAAAAAACUAUUGUGUUUUAUU